UGAAGAUCUUCUUUAUAACUUCUCUUCCUUCUCUUUCAAAAUUUGAAUCCCUCUUAUUCUGAUCUUAGAGAAACCGCACAGAGAGAGAAAGUAGCGAGAAGUUGAUUGAGAGAGAAGAGCCGUUCCUUGCAAAGCAAGCAUUUCUUUUGGUUCUUGUUCCCCGGAGAACAGAAACAAACUCUGCUUUUACAAAACCGGUUUCUACGAAGUUUCUUAAUCCGCAAGAAAGAUGAAUGAUCUGAUGACCAAAUCGUUCCUAAGUUAUGUGGAACUCAAGAAGCAAGCCAAGAUCGACACAGAAUCAGACCACGUCGACGUCGAGAAAGGCGAUCUCCAUCAAGAAAACCUCUCCGCUUUCUUCUCAGAGAUCGAGACCAUCAAAACCCUAAUCGAAGAGAUCACUCAUCUCUUACACGAUCUCAAGAACCUGAACGAAGAGACCAAGUCCACACACAGCGCCAAGAUCCUCCGCGGGUUGAGAGACAGGAUGGAGUCCAACAUCGUCGCCAUCUCUCGCAAGGCCAACGCUGUCAAAACCCUAAUCGAAGCCAUCGAGACAGAGAAUCAAAAGAGCGGCUCUUGCGUGGACAGGACACGUGUUUCCAUCACGAACGGUGUAAGGGCCAAACUGAGAGAGACGAUGAGCGAGUUUCAUCGCUUGAGGGAGAGGAUCUUUGCUGAGUACAGAGAAGACUUGAAGAGGAAGUAUUUUUUGGCGACCGGUGAGGAGCCAAGUAACGAGGACAUGGAGAAGAUGAUAUCUGGAGAUGGGUUAGUGAAGACGUUUGAAGUGAAGCCUGAGAUGGAUUUGAAGACGAAGGAGAGACAUGAAGCUGUGAAUGACAUUAAGAGGAGUCUUAACAGGCUUCAUCAAGUGUUUCUCGACAUGGCUGUUCUUGUUGAGACGCAAGGAGAUAGGGUUGAUGACAUUGAAGCUAAUGUGGCUGCUGCAGGGAGCUUUGUGAGUGGAGGAACUAACAGUUUGUUCUAUGCGAAUCAGAUGAAGAAGAAGAACAAGAAGUGGGUUCUAUGGGGUUCGAUUUUGGGUGUUAUCAUUCUUCUUGUGUGUUUGGUCUCUAUGCUUGCUUCUCGUUGAAGUUGAAGUUCUGGUUCCUUUGUUUGGUUCAUGGAGAUUUGUUGCUUCUUUUGAUUAAUCUUGUUCGAAAGUAAGCAGAUUUUUUUUUUUUUCCAAGUAUGUUGCAGUGUUUUAGCUCUAUGAAUACAUUACAUUAGUCAUGGAACUAACCAUUUAGCUUUGAGGUUUUGUUUGAUGAAUUUUCUUUAUUCACUUUUCAUCUUUUUUUCCAUUGUAGUCAAAACACUAAAUGUCAUAUACCAAACUUAGCUUUAAAGGAAAAACUAGUACAUGAUAUAAUGCUAUGAGAUUAUUUUGUUCGAUUAAUUUGUACUUGUAUGCAUGGAGACAAGACUAUAUAACUAAUUGACUACUAGAGAUUCAACAAGAAUCCAACAAAAUCUGGUGAAAUUGACAAAUGUGUGAUACAAACAAUCACAACAAACAAACAAGCAAAUGAAAAUGGAAGUUACCAAAGUCGUCUUAUUCUUUUGAUUAUCCUAAAACACAGUAAAUGAAUCAAGUGAAUCGCAUUGUGAUCUAUGUAUAACCAAACCAUUAGGUAUGUUUAUGAUCGUGUAACAUUUUUUCAGGUUUUUAUGAUGAAUGUUUUAUCCACAUUUCCAUAUUUUUGGAGGCUAAUGCAAAAUUUCAUUCUGUACAAAAAGAUCAUAUACCCCCAACCUGGCCUUGAGAAAACAAGAACACGAUAUAAUGUUAUGAUAUUGUUCUAUUCUAUUACUCCGUACAUAUAUGAAGCUUCUGAAUCGACACCAGAGAUUAACAUUAGUUAACUACUAGAGUUACAACAAGAAUCAAACAAAAUUUGGUAAAUUUGACAAAUAUGUAAUAUAAACAAUCGAGAACAAACAAGCAAGUGAAAAUGAAAAUGAACAAAGCCUGGACAUGGUUUGUAUAAAAUCUUAACUCCAUUUCUUAGUUAACUGUUAAACCCAUAUUUAAGUUGAUUAUUUAGUCAGAAAACUAAAUGAUUAGUCACUAAAUCGAAAAACACUACAUUCCAGUUGAUUGAUAGGUAUAAAACCUGUUUAUACUAAGGAUUAGUAGUGGAUCUCGAUCAAUUGCUACUUCAGUCUUUACUUUCAAAUGAAUAUCAUGUUUUGAGAAUAUUGAAUAGAAAGAGUGAUGGGGUCAUUGUAAGAAAAUUGACAAAUGUAUGCUGGCAAAAACAUAUGGUUCCCAAUCUUAUCAAAACUUUGUCAAUCCCAAUGGACAAAACACACAAAACUGGAAUCAAUACCCAUCAUGCUUUCUUCUGCUUUUAUAUUUGGACCCAUACACAUAUACCUUACUUAUGCAAGUUUGCGCGUUACAUAAUAUCUACUUCUUUCUUCUUAAUUUGUGUACAAAUACAUUUAUAAUGAGUGUAUAUUUAUCGGUGAUACAAUAAUGAAUUGUGGUCCACAUACCAAACGUGACCGCUCCUCCUAAGUUUUCUUUUUACUCUCCUGUUUGUAAAUUGCAAUGAUUCAUUUUGUUGGCUUUAUUAAAUGAAAUGAUUCUCAAUCUUCGAAAAAGCUAUUUGUUUAGUAUCUAUCACAGUCUCUUUACUCAUUUCAACCUUUAUUGUUUUAAUGGUGAUAAUAGUGGGUAAGAUGAACAGCUAAAAUAGAUCAAAGAUGAAUGGAAUCAAUCAUUAGAUUGAGAUAGUGGUUAUUUAUUUAGCAGAUGAAUGCUUCCAUUGUUCUCUUAUUCUCUGUUAAGUCGAUGGAUUACCAUUUGAAUCCAAAUCAUAUAGUUGAAAAAGGCACUCUCUAUAUGCUUUUCAUUCAGAACAAUUUAACGCAGAUAUUUUUUUCUUCGAAUGAAUAGUAUUACGCAUAUUAAAGAAAUCAGUUCAGUGACCUAAGCAUUAACCGCAGUCACUUUUCCAUUUAACGCUGUUAUAUCCAUUAACGAAUUUAUUAAUGGACGGUAGGCAAGCUAUAAAAUGCAGUUAAGCUGACAAACCAUUCAAAGCUAUAUUAUACACAUAUUAUUGAAAUUAUAGGUAAUAUUUUGGAAAUGAAAGUUCAGAAGAGAAGAAUCACACAAAAAUUACACAAAAAGUAAACUAAAAAACAAACAACCUUUUCAUCUUUGACUUUAGUACGGUUUAUAAAAACACAAUUGGGUAAUGAGUUUAUAGAGCUGAUCACACCAGGUCCAUAAAUUAAAUUAUAUAUCUGGGUCAAAUUUUCUCUUCAUAAAUCAAUUUUUAUGGUAAAAUAUGGCUGUUUUUCGGUUCUUACACCGGAAGUUUUAAAACAAAAAGAAAAAACAUAAUUAUCGAUUUGUUAAGUCCGUCAAAUCAAGAACCUUGCAAAAAAUGUGGUCUUUCAGUCCCGUCAAAACCUUGGACUGGCGUACCUAUUCACCAAAAGAAUUCUUCUCUGCACUAUUGCAAAAAAAAAAAAAGAUUCAUAUAAAUUUGUAUAUAAUUUCGACAUAAGUUAUUGGCAUUCUUAUAUGUAAUUUGAAUUGAUAUCCUAACAAAAUAAAUGUAUGUAGACAAAUAUAUACUACUCGGUAAUUUAUAAAAUGAACAAAAACUAGAUUAACUUGACCAACAAAAAUCCAGCCACUAGAAAUCAAUCUCCCUAGAGACUGGCCAGGGUUCCUACAAGCUGAGAAAACUUCCAUAAAGCACGAAUCAGGAAAAAAAUAUGUGAAUCGAAUAAGUGUAUCUUACAAGUUAUUGCUUUAAGAUAAUUGAAAGGAGAAUUGCAGUGCAUAUACAUAAGAAAAAUAGAAAUAAAGUUUAUAACCAUAACACUACUUUGGUUAUGAUAUUCUGUGUAUAUUAUGUACUAGUACAUCUCCCGUGCUACACACGGCUAUUAUUUAUUUGUAUGUAUAUAUACACUGAAUAUAGUAAAUAUAAAUUUAACAAUGUUAAUUUGCAUUUUUUUAAAUUGAUAUUUAUAACUUACAAUUGCAUAAUAUAAAGAGCCCUAAUAUAAAUCCUGAAAGUAAAAUAUUGAUCUUCUUUCAAAACCAAAUAAAAAUUUAUUACAUAUGAAACAAAAAUUGAAAAAAAACAUGUGUUUUCCAUAAGUACUAUUAACAUAUCAACCUUACUUUGUACAUAAACUCCAUUAGUGUCAUUUGUCGUGUCUUUCACUGUAACUUUUACAUUUCUUCAUUUUCAAUGCUAUACAUGCUUUGACAUUUUGUUUCCAAAAAAAUCAGACAAAUUUGGUUAAGCUUAGAAGAAAAAUAAAAGUGAAAAAGUAUAUAUAAAUCACAAGUAAACAAAAUAAACACAUAAAUAAAAAAAAUAAGGAAGACCAACCUGAUCACUGAUCAGAUUAGUAGGUGAUAUAUGAGUCUUUUUCAUUUCUCCUAUCACCUGAAUUUCUCCAGCUCCAUUUGUUGUCUUCUAAUGAUCAUCAUUUUUUCUCUUGUGGCACUUCUCAAAUUUCUGAAAGAUUUUGUACGUGUGCUUUACGGCGAGUCUCUAUUAUUCUCCUUCUCUUUUUUUUUUUGUGCACAUUAUUCUCCUUCUCUAAAUUACCACCACCACAACACAAAAUAAGAACUUCCAACAAAUCCAGAAUUGAUUUAAUCUAUUUUGAAAAUGAUAUUGACUUCUUUUACUUGCGUUUUCACUUUCACCCAGCAUGUAGCAAAAUGUUUAUAAAAAAGCUAUCAGUAGCUUAGAAAAGAAAAGGUCGAUGAAAAAAAAAAUUCAACAUGACGCAAUUUAGGAUUUGAGCAGGAAGAGUUUGAGUGUUUUUAGAGUUAAUAACCUGGACACUACUAACGUUCAUCAGCCAAUUUUGGAGUACGAUUGGCCUACCCGUUUGAAGCCUAUUGUUGUGCCACCGUGGGGUUUGCCAGAGAUUUCGUUGAUAUGGAUCCACCAUUCAAUACUAUGGAUACGGUUAAUAAAAUUUUCAAUCUAUCUGUUUAAAAUUGCAAUUUCACACUUUAGACAGAGAGUUAGAAGCUGUUACAAAAAAAUUAGGAAUUUAAGCAAGUAGAGAUGAAUUUGAGUUAAAGCUCUGAGUUAAUUUUUUAUCUAAAAAAAAGAUUACCGUUUCCAAAGUGAGAUGAUGGGUGUAGUGUGAGGAAUAUUAGGAACUUUUUAUUUUUUAUAGAAAAGAUUAGUUGAGAUAAGCACAUGAAACUGUUUUGUAUUUCUUUUCUGCAGUUAUGUUUUUAAAAUUUGUAAAACAUAUGCCAUGUGUCAGAUUUCUAUUUGUUAUGCGACUUGCGCUUUAGUAUAUAAGGGAUUAAUUGUAUUUUUACCCUUGAUACGACACGCGCGCACCAUAUAUUUGUCUAUUUUAUCUCUGAUCAUUUCACUUUUUUUCGCUUCAAUCACCUCUGUUUAUAAAAUCACCACAAUCGUCGUUGCCAAUUAUUUCAUUCUUCUAUACCAUCCGCGCUUUCACCAUUUUUGCCAUCAUCUCCACUAUUUUUGCUUCCACUACCGCUGUUGCCACCGUCUCUUCUACCACCGCCGCCGCUCCUUGUGAUUUCUUUACCUUUUCCCACUGUGUCUUUUGAAUUAAUAGUUGUAGUAGACAUAUUAUCAGUGUCUAAUCAACCUGAUCUGUUUGUGUGUUAUCUGAAAUCAAAACCAUCGCUUAGUUUUCAGAUCUGGUUAGAAGGGGUUAACGGCAAAACGACGAGAAACAUAUUUUCUGAGAAAAGUUAAGAGUAAAAGUUUGAUCUCAUAUACUAUAUGAGAGCACUAAACAGUAUAGUCACACGAAAGACGCACUUGAAGCUGCAGUUAGGACGUAUGGAGUUGAAGACUCCAUAUUUAACCCAAAACUAACGUCCGUAGUAACCUAGUUGCCGAUUUUCCCUCUGUUUAAUUUUGUUCAGCUUGUUUGGAUAAAAACACCCAAAUCUGAUUUUACCAUACUAUAUUGAAUAUAGUAUAGUCGUAUGCUAGUCUUUUUCCAUACAUGGACAUGCGUGCAUAUAUAUUCUCUUCUUUGGUGAACAUGCCAGAUUUUUUGUAAACUUGGUUCUUACUACGGUUCUUAUGUACGUUACCAAUAUCCUUGAUCAUCUCCCCCAAAUUGGAAAGCAUUGUUGGCAUACACAGAAUUAACAAGCUUAUAUGUUUUUGUCGAGUAUUCUAAACUACGUCGUAAACAUGUAUAGUAUAGUUACGUAAUUGAUGAAACCCAACCUUAUAACUGAUUAAAUCAUUUAUGUGCAUAUACUAUAUGAUAUGUAGUAUAAUAUAACAAUUUUAGCUUUGGAGUGCCGAUAUUAGGCGCACGCGCCUGGAAUGAGAUUUCGGUCAAAUUUGUGUGAAAAUUGUCUCAUCCGUCCUAAAUUACUGUAGUAUGAACAUAUUCUUCAUUUUUUUGACUCUUAUGAAUAUUCAGCAAAUUCUCUCUAAUUAAAAUUGUUUUACAGACAACAAUCAAAUAUGGGUGGAGAAUAAUUAUGGUUUCCAAUGCGAUUCAAUUUACAUCUUGUAGCAUGUAGGUACCACAUAUCAAAUGUUAUCAAGCUCUUUUUUGUUAACAUUAAGUUAUCAGAACUUAUUAAAAAAUGUUGGAACUAGAUGGCAUAAAUUUAUCAAAACUCGAACGGUAUAGUUACAGUGCCGGUCCGGACUCGUGGGACGCCUAAAGCGAGGAGAAAUUUUUUUGCCCCUUAACCAUAAUUUUUUCUUUAAUAUAUAUUAAGUAUAUAAUCAAAAUAGUACCAAAUAUUAUUACAACUUAGAGCCGUUUAAAAAAUAAAAACUUUAUUUGUAGCUCAUCUUUAUAUAUAUAUAUAUAUAUAUAUAUAUAUAUUUGCAGUUUCACUUGGCUAGUUUUUUUUAUCUAAUUUAUAUUAAUUUGUGCAAAUUAAAAAGGGAAAUUUUUUUUUAUAAAAUAAAACAAAACUUGAUAAAAAUCACUUUAAAUUCAAUUUUAGUUUGUCAAUUUUUAUUGAGUUUUGAUAGUCUUUUAAUAAAUUUUAUGUUUGUCUGCAUUUCAAAAGUUUCUACAAAUUUACAAAAACUUACAAAAAAAAAGGAAUAAUAAAAAGUGUUUUAAAGGAGAUUCAGCUAUUCCUAUCUAAACUAUUAAAACAGAAGUACAAAAAUGAAAUAACCCUGAGUUUUCCUCAAAAAUUACAACUUUAUGCCGCUGAGUUAACACUGUCGUUUUAUAACAUUACAGAAAACGUUCUAAUCCAAUUUGACUCACUUUGACCUGAAAUAACGCGAAACAAAACCGACGGAACCUAUCUCGCGUGUUUCGUUUCUGUGUUGUAAACGCAGAGCAAGACAAAUCCUAGAAGAAAUUAGAUGAUGAAGAUGCUUGAUUUUCGUCGACAGCUGUGGAAUCAGAUGGAGAUUUAAGAAUCGAUUGUCUAGCUCUUAAACUUGAACCGAAAGUCUAGAUCUUUAUCGAAGAAGAUGGUGAUCUGAUGAUAUAGGAAUCACAGAGAGUUUCAUUCUCCAUCGAUACCAUUCGCUAAACCAGUUGGGUUCCAUUUAACUGAGUUAGCGAAUGGUUUCAUGCCAAUAAACCAACAGUGAUCUACUUUCAGUAUGUUUUUGAGGAAUUCAAUGGGAUCUAUAAGGUUUUAUGGUGGAUUAUAGAGAUUGAUGUUUUUAGGAUUAUUUGGCCGGAGCUUCCGGAGGUAGACGCGGCGGAGAAAGCAAUAGUGGUGGAAUUAUCUGAGAAAGUAGAUCAAUCGAGUCAUCAACACCGACAACACCAAAGUGAUCGACGGAAUCUCGCCAUUUGAAUGCGAAAUCUCAAUCCUCGGAAAAAUCUGGCUCGAGUUUCCGUUUUUCCGUUUUUUCAAUUGGGUUUGGCUGGUGCUAUAUACAUCAAAGGCGUUGCAGUUAGUAAGUACAAAAGGUAUGCCGUAAAGUAAUCAGAGGAGUGGUCAUAAGUUCAAAGUUUUUUGUCGAGGUUUGAGGAAUUGGAACACUCAAGAUGUGUUUACUGCCUGAUUCGGUCACAAAUGAAUUCUAUUUUUUUUA